AUGGAAGCUGUAGUUGGACUGUUGUUGGUGUUGUUUGGAGUCUCUCAUGGUGUGGAAAUUCACUGUGAUGGCAGACAGGAUGGAGCUCAUUGUUAUGGAUCUUUGGGAGGAACUGCGGACAUCCAGCUGACGGGCAGCACCUCAGAAAUAACUAGAUACCAACUGACAAAGAAUUCACUGAAAAUACUACUUGUGAGAAAUAAUGAGCUUAUUUCUAAUAUCAUAGAACAUCGAUCUCUCUUUAUUCCCAAUAAUGGAACAUUUAGGAUCAAUAACCUGAGCAGGAAUGACGGUGGUAAUUAUACCCUUGAAAACUUUGAUUCAGAUGGAAGAAGAUCAGGCAUGCAGAUUUUACAGCUGUUUAUUCAAGGUGAUUUUUUUUCCCAACUAUCUGAGUGUCUGUCCCAGGAAGAGAUGAGGGUGUCCUGCUCCUCUGAGGGAGGGGACAGUCCUCAGUACAGCUGGACUCUGGAUGGACGCACACUGACAGAUGCUGAGCUCCUUUCUGGAAACAAUGAGGGUAACAUCAUCAGUCUGAAACAGCACGUCUCAGGACAUCUGGUCUGCUCAUUCGGGAACAACGUCAGUAAUGCCGCCAAAGAAGAGAGGAUAUCUACCUGUGGCGAGUGA